AUGGCCUUCUCCCAAACAACGGAAGGAACGUCUAUUUCAGGCUUUAAUCUUAUAUACCCCACCCCGUCAAAUACGGAGACUAAGAAACCACUUCAAUUGCCCUGUAUCCUUCUCAACACGUAUUCCGCGAAUAAGGACUUUUGCGGUCGUGAAGAUAUUCUGGAACUCCUCGCUACGGAGCUUCUGCCUUCAAAAUCAACAGCGACGGCAUCAGGCAGCGGUCUAAGACAGUUUGCACUCUACGGUUUCCGGGGUAUUGGAAAGACAGAAAUCGCCCGCAAGUUCUCUCGGCGCCAUAAAACGUCCUUCGACGCUGUAUUUUGGGUGACUGCAGAUGAGAUUGCAAAGCUUGAUCACCAUUACCAGGAAAUUUCGUUAGCAUUAGGACUCGAAGAUCCGGCGGAAUGCAACCACAUCGAAGUCGACAUAGCAGCACCGACACCCCUUCAUAUCCGGUGCUGUUUGCUAAUGCGGAAUUGUCAAAGAGGAGUGGCAACCCAAGAACUUUAUGUUUCUUGA